GAUUAUUAAAUGGGUUAAUACGGAGUAGCCUUUAAUGCUUAAUCAACAAGUAAAAAAGGCUAAGAACAUCGGCAUUAGGCAGGAAUAGAAGCGCGUGUUUGAUUGUAGCACGCAUACAUAAUUAACAAAUUUCAGCGUAUAUUCUCUCUCAUCAUUUCUGAAUUCUCAAUCAAAACACCAAUUUCCUUCCUUCCUUUGAUCAAUCAAUCAACUUCAAUCAAUUUAGGGUUUUUGCCACGCUGAAUCUUGAUUCAAUUUAUUUCAAUCAAUCCUCGAUGUUCAGAUUCUGGGGAUCUCAAGAUCAGGGAUCACAGUCACGUCCACAACAAGCUCCGGCACAGUCAUGGUAUCCUCCAUCUGUAAUCGAGUCCCCAAGUUCUUCUCGCCCCUCAACACCUGGUAGCAAUUCAUCUAGCAGUUACAGUCAACCGAAGCCAUUUGAAAGGCCAGAAACUAGUCCGCAUGUUUCACCUGCUGAAGCUGCUGGAGUAAUUUCUACACUCAGGGACAAGAGUGUUGAUGAGUUACGGAAGCUUUUGAACGACAAGGAGGCCUACAAUCAAUUCUUAUUCUCUCUUGAUCAAGUAAAGACUCAGAACAAUGUUAGAGAUGAAUUGCAAAAGGCAACUCUGCAGCUUGCAAGAGAAAAUUUGGAGAAGGAACCACAGAUAGUGGAACUGAGAAAUCAGUGCAUGAUCAUUCGCACAAGUGAGUUAGCUGAUGCUCUGGAGAAGUUAAAUGAUCUGGAGAGACAAAAAGAGGGUAUUAUGAAGUGCUAUUCUACAGCAUCACUUCUGCACCGCUUGAAAGAGGCAGUGAACAAAGCAGAUGAGGAAUCUGAGGCCCUUCAUCGCCAGUUUCUUGAUAAAGAGAUUGAGCUGGGGGCAUUUAUCCAGAAAUACAAGAAACUUCGUUCCGUAUAUCACCGUCGAGCACUUACCCAUCUGGCAGCCACAGCAUCUUCAGUUGGAUAACUCUAAAUUGCUCUCAGAGUUAUAGCCCAAUUGAAAUUUCCUCUAGUAUUCUGUAGUUAGCUGGUAUCGGUGCUUUGAUGGACUGUAAUUUGGAUUGAGUAGGAGGGAGAGUCUUUGUUAAAUUCAAAAGUAUCACUUGGAUUAAGCAGGGAGGAGAGUGUUAGUUUGUAUACUGUUAACUGUUAAGUAUAUAGUUAGUGACACUGUUUGAUUAGAUUUGGAAUGAAAUAUCUUUUUCUUUAUUUUACUUUCAAGUGUGUGUUUCUUUUGCAUUGAGCUAGGUUUUUGCCAUUUUUCAUUCUUAAAAUAUGUAUAAUAAUAUAUAAAUCAAAAUAUGAAAGGUAUUUCUGCUACUUGUAUUCAGUUUGACAAGCAAUAAUAACUGGCUAAGAGCCUUAGAGUGUUAACUAAA